AUGAUCGCUCAAACUCUCUUCACCGUUGGUAUUAUCGCUGCUGCCUCUGCUGGCUGGGAGGACAAGAGCGAGACUGGCUCAUGCAACACCGGCAAAGUUUCAUGCUGCGACCUUAACAAGAAGGCCCAAUCCAGCACUGGCAAGGAUGACUCGCUUAUCUCCACCGGCGACAUUGCAUCCCAAGUCGGUGUCCAGUGUGACCAAGUCCCACUCUUAAUCGGCGUUGCCCUUCAAGAUGAGUGUAAGAACACCCCAGUGUGUUGCGAGGGCAUGGAAUCAGACGGUCUCAUUGGUUUGGGCUGCACCCCUCUCCCUAUCAUCUAA